GGAGCCACGGAGCCUGCAGCCACGGGCUCCGCCUCCCGCGUUCGCCAGCAUGGCUGUUGCCUUCCUCCUUCGCCGUCUGAGCCUCUUGCCCGCCGCCGCCGCCCCCUCGCUGGCGCCGCGUCGGUUUCUGGCCGGGGCCGCUCAGUUCCAGUACAUCUUGGUGGACAAGAAAGGGGCGAAGCAGAAUGUGGCCGUGAUCCAGCUGAACCGGCCCAAGGCCUUGAACGCGCUGUGCGACGGGCUGAUGGACGAGAUGAACCAGGCCCUGGACGCCCUGGAGCGCGACCCGGCCGUGGGGGCGAUCGUCAUCACCGGCAGCGAGAAGGCCUUCGCCGCCGGAGCGGAUAUCAAGGAGAUGCAGGGCAGGACCUUCCAGGAGUGCUACGGGGGCAGCUUCCUGGCGCACUGGAACCGGGUGGCCAGCGUCAGGAAGCCCGUCAUAGCCGCGGUCAAUGGCUUUGCCCUUGGCGGCGGCUGCGAGCUUGCCAUGAUGUGCGACAUCAUCUAUGCCGGGGAGAAGGCCCAGUUUGGGCAGCCCGAGAUCCUCCUGGGCACCAUUCCCGGCGCUGGCGGGACCCAGAGGCUGACCAGGGCUGUGGGCAAGUCGCUGGCCAUGGAAAUGGUCCUCACUGGCGAACGGAUCUCGGCCCAGGAAGCUAAGCUGGCGGGCCUCGUCAGCAAAGUCUGCCCUGUGGAGAAGCUCCUCGAGGAAGCCAUCAGCUGCGGAGAAAAGAUCGCCAAGAAUUCCAAGCUGGUGACAGCCAUGGCCAAGGAGGCGGUGAACGCUGCCUUUGAGACAACCUUAACGGAGGGGAAUAAAGUGGAGAAGAGGCUGUUCUAUGCCACCUUUGCAACAGACGACCGGAAGGAAGGGAUGAGUGCCUUUGUGGAGAAGAGAGAGGCAAAUUUUAAGGACCACUGAUUCACUCUGCCGAAGCCACUGAUUCAUGGCGAUGUGUGGUGGCCUAACUUUUGGCCGUGUGAAGAGAUACUGCCUGUGUUCAUCCAGUUUGCAUCGCACUGUCACAAGAGGCCUUUAACUGCAAGCUCCACAUGCUAAAGCAGGAGUGAGAAGAAAGUCAAUCUCUGCUUUGUUUUGGGGUUUCGGUUCCCAGCACUCCUCCUGAUCAUUGAUCAUCCUGGCAGUGGCUUCUGGGAGUUCCAGUCCAAAACAUCUGGAGAUCUAUUUUCUGCCCUCCCCAGCUCUGCUUACUAGGAAACUGGUGUGUUUCCUGAGUAUGGGAGAUUUAUGCUAAUUAUCCAUUUCUUUUGUAAGAAAAUCAUUGGAUGCAAUUAAUUUCUCCAGUUUCCAUUUAAAAAGCAAAAUGGGGAAUGCCUCUGAAAAUGGCUUGGAUUGUGUAGCUGUUGUAUCCAUUUGCUUGGCUGUAGUAUAUGACUGAGUUAUACUGCAGUGUCAGAUGUUGGGAAUGUUACACACAUGCACGCACAUGGCUUUAAGCCUCUUCCUACGAUCAGAUUGCACAUUCUACCUCUAAAUUGGGGUGAGUGGAAGAAGGUUAAUGCUGCCUUCCUUCCGGGCUAUUGAUUUCUGAGUGAUCUGGCAGAGAUUUGCCAAGCAUGGUUGUCCUUUGGUUUUAUCUGUUGCAGUCAUGUACCAGUUGCCAUCUUCAGAGUCCUGCUGCUCUGGUCGUGUGUCUGAGCAUUGCAGGCACACAAGCUCACAGGACAUGGCUUGAAUGUUCAUGGAACCCCUAAGCCGUAGUCAGAAAUGCAGUGGUUAGUGGAAGGCGUAUAAGUAUGUUGGUGGGAGUGCUUCUUCAGUCAAUAAAAAAGUAGAAAAUCUCUUGCAUUUCUUUUAACUUGUAAUAAUGAAUUUCUUUAAUAAAAUUAAAUCCUAUAAAA